AUGCUUCAUUUAACAAGUUUGACAUUGUCAAAUAAUGACAAAUUUAUUAUUAUUAUUAUUAUUAUUAUUAUUAUUAUUAUUAUUAUUAUUAUUAUUAUUAUUAUUUUACCGUGCCACCGCCAACCCUCGCAGAAGAAGCAGGUCGCCUUCCGAGAACGUUUAACGGCCGAGCGACUCCGGCGGGCACGCAUCGUAAAUGUUUACGACAGAAUUAAGAAGGGGCCUAAUGGCUCUUUAAUACGCGGCCGCUGGGCAAAUUGGGCCGCAGUCCUGCAGCAGAGACGGUUGCUGCACGGCGCCUGCGUUUUUCACCGCUUCUCUUGCUCAUCGCGUUCGUUCGUAAAUGGAAGAAUAUUUGGGUUUUCCGGACUCGUCAGCUACUUUGGUUAUUACCCUCUAGUGGCAGUGAACCUCGCCCGCUGGAACGUGAUAUCCGACGCCGACCUACAUAUUGGUUAG